CAAAACAGCAUACCUGUCAUAAGAAAGAGAUAAAUAACGUUUGGUAAGCAUUAAGUAUCGUUUUCUCCUUUUCUCGUGUAAUUAAAUGCAUUGAAUAGAUGCAAUUGUGCCGUUUCCGUUUUUAAUUGCCCUGAACGAGCGAAUACACAGUAGAGCAAAGCACAAAGUACAAACGAAAAAUUGGCGAUUGUCGACUGUAGCGAGUAAGCAUUUUCAGAGAAUUUCCAUUCCGCAGUAAGUUCAUCGAGUACCUCGUGUAAUUAAAAUGAUUUUUAUUUGUGAUUUAUAUAAAAGAUAUAAUCAUAAAUAAUACAUAUUAAUAUUCUAUGACAUAUUCCGAACAUAGUGUAGUGGCUUUUGACAAAUAUGGCGAUGUCCUGCCGAAAUAACAAGUGUUUAAUUUUGUGACUGGGUGGUUGCGUGUCGGACGAUUACAGGCCAGACAUUUGCAAUUAGAAAACAAUAAAACUAAAUGCGCAUGAAAAAUAUGUACGAUAGAAGUGCAAAUCAAUUUGCUUCCGUACAAAUAUAAAAUAAGUCAAGAAAUUGAACCUAAAACAUAUUGUGCGACGAAAAAAAACUUUGUAUGCAAAAGACUGCAGUUGCAAAAAGUAGCGCUUACAAAAGCGAAACGCCAUUAGUGCCGCCUUUCUAGAGUUGCCAACAAAAAAAAAUAAAAGUGUUAAAUUCCAGUUGCAGCUAAACUGACUGAAAGAGCUAAAUAUAGUGGAAAAGACUUCUAAAAAGUGAGCAAAUCGUUUUUUUUUUUUUCGAGUAAGGAAGCGCAAGUAGUCUAUAGUGCAAGAAAGUGUGCAAGACACGACGAGCAAAAGUCGGGAGGCGCAGGCAGCCAUAGGGCUAGAAAGCACAAAACAGCCAAUUAAGUCCAACCUGCAGGAAGAUUUAAAUGCAAAAGCUACUACGCUUGUGGGGGCGAUUACAUCUGUUUUCGCAGGAGAUCUGGAUGGCAGUAGCGAAAUAAACGACAGCAGUAAGAAUUGGUUGAAUUUUGUGCGAAGUGAACCAGACACUUCCACAAUACAAUUUGUACGGCAAGCGAAUUGUGCCAACAUAGACAAUAACGUUGAAAAUAAUAUAUAAACCAAGUGGGACGUGUAAAAGCCAAGCAUUGAGUGGUCUUUUCGGCUGAAUAACCAAGGAGCUGUUCCAAACAUUACCAGCCUGCAUUUGAACGGUACGAAAUCAUAAGAAGUAUAACAGCAAACCGACAACUCUGCAAUAGGAUCGACUUUUCACCAUAACAGACGCGGCAACAGUAGCAGCAACCAGAGCAGUUGUGUUGUUUAGAGCACAAAAUGUAUCCUGCACCGGUGCGUCAUCCCUCUGCGGGGGGGCCACCACCUCAAGGCCCAUUGAAGUUUACAAUCGUUGACACACUUGAACGUAUCAAGGAGGAAUUCAACUUUUUGCAAGCACAAUAUCAUACAUUAAAGUUGGAGUGCGAAAAGCUUGCCAAUGAGAAAACCGAAAUGCAGCGCCAUUAUGUUAUGUACUACGAGAUGUCAUAUGGCCUUAAUGUUGAAAUGCACAAACAGACGGAAAUUGCCAAGCGUUUGAAUACUUUGAUAAAUCAGCUGCUACCAUUUUUACAAGCCGAUCAUCAACAGCAGGUCUUAAAUGCCGUGGAGCGCGCGAAACAAGUUACAAUGCAAGAAUUAAAUCUAAUCAUCGGGCAUCAGCAUCAGGGAAUUCAACAACUUCUACAGCAAAUACAUGCACAACAAGUGCCCGGUGGUCCGCCACAACCGAUGGCUGGCUUAGCGCCAUUAGCUGGCCCAUUUGGUGCUCUGGGCGCUUCCAUGGGUUUACCACAUGCGCCACAAGGCCUGCUGAAAGCACCAACGGAUCAUCAUCGUCCCGACAUUAAACCAACCGGACUGGAUGGACCAGCUGGCGCUGAAGAACGUUUGCGCAAUUCAGUGUCACCAGCUGAUCGCGAGAAAUAUCGUACACGUUCACCAUUGGACAUCGAAAAUGAUGCGAAGCGUCGAAAAGACGAAAAACUACAAGAGGAUGAAGGAGAGAAAAGCGAUCAAGAUUUAGUCGUAGAUGUUGCAAAUGAAAUGGAAUCCCACUCGCCACGUCCAAAUGGCGAACACAUGUCAAUGGAAGCGCGCGAUCGUGAAAGUCUGAACGGUGAACGUCUCGAUAAGCCGGGCAGUAGUGGUGUCAAACCGCCAACAGACCGACCACCAUCUCGUUCCGGCUCCAGCUCUUCGCGUUCAACUCCCAGCCUAAAAACUAAAGAUAUGGACAAGCCAGGCACACCGGGCGCCAAGGCACGCACUCCCACCCCAAAUGCUGCCGCACCAGCACCGGGCGUAAAUCCCAAACAGCUGAUGCCACAAGGCGGACCACCGCCAGCUGGUUAUCCAGCCUCUCCAUAUCAGCGGCCUGCUGACCCCUAUCAAAGACCACCAUCCGAUCCGGCAUAUGGUCGACCGCCACCACUACCCUACGAUCCGCAUGCGCACGUACGAACAAAUGGCAUUCCACAUCCUCAAGCGUUAACUGGUGGAAAGCCUGCUUAUUCGUUCCACAUGAACGGCGAAGGCAGCUUACAGCCAGUGCCGUUCCCUUCAGACGCACUGGUCGGUGUCGGUAUACCACGACACGCCCGACAAAUCAACACUCUAUCACACGGCGAAGUCGUGUGUGCCGUCACCAUUUCGAAUCCCACGAAGUACGUUUAUACAGGCGGCAAAGGCUGCGUUAAAGUUUGGGACAUCUCACAGCCGAACAAUAAAAAUCCAGUCAGUCAAUUGGACUGUCUGCAACGUGACAAUUAUAUACGCUCCGUUAAAUUACUGCCCGAUGGUCGCACGUUAAUUGUGGGCGGCGAGGCGUCUAAUCUCUCCAUAUGGGACUUGGCCAGUCCGACGCCACGCAUUAAAGCCGAAUUGACAUCGGCAGCGCCGGCUUGUUAUGCGCUCGCCAUAAGUCCCGAUUCGAAGGUGUGCUUCUCGUGCUGUAGCGAUGGCAAUAUAGCCGUCUGGGAUCUACACAAUGAAAUACUGGUGCGUCAAUUCCAAGGACACACUGAUGGCGCCUCAUGCAUCGACAUCAGUCCGGAUGGUUCACGUCUGUGGACUGGCGGACUAGAUAAUACGGUGCGUUCAUGGGAUUUGCGUGAGGGACGGCAAUUGCAGCAACACGAUUUCAGUUCUCAAAUAUUCUCGCUGGGCUAUUGUCCGACAGGCGAAUGGCUCGCUGUGGGUAUGGAGAAUUCGCAUGUUGAAGUGUUGCACGCAUCCAAACCAGACAAAUAUCAGCUGCAUCUGCAUGAAAGCUGUGUGCUCUCAUUGCGUUUUGCCACCUGCGGCAAAUGGUUCGUCUCCACUGGCAAGGAUAAUCUAUUGAAUGCCUGGCGAACACCUUAUGGCGCUAGCAUAUUCCAGUCGAAAGAAACUUCAUCCGUACUUAGCUGCGACAUAUCAACCGAUGACAAAUACAUAGUGACGGGCUCCGGCGACAAAAAAGCAACGGUUUACGAAGUUAUUUACUAAUAAGUUUUCUUUUGUAAAAGUUUGCUAUCAUCUAAAGAAGAAUAAGGAGAAAAAGAACGCAAUGUUUUCUUACGUGCAAACAUUUAAAUAUCCACACUGCUACAUACAUACACUAACACACACAUAUACAUGCAAAUGAGCCUACGCAAAUAAGUUGCAUAAAGAAUAAUGUAAAAUGUGUGUGAGUGCAACGUGAAUGCAAAUGCCGUUGCGAAAGGGCAAAAGAACACAAACUUAAUUCGCACUCUACAUAGUGGCUUCGAUAGGACUCGAGAGAAGCAAAGUCAAGCAAAAUAAGAAUAAGAAAAACAGAAAAAAUCACUUGAUUAGUAGGAGUACUAAAGCACAGGAAAUUUCGGGCAUAAAAGAAUAUAUUGAUAUAAUAAACGGACAUACACAUGGAGAGAGCAUGGAGAGAUGUAGCUGAACUUAAAGAGCAAACAGUGGUUUAAGCAAAGGAGGAUAACAAAAGAUAAAAGAAAAAAUGAAAAUAAAACGAAGAACACGAGUUAUAAUUGAAAAUAUAUAAUUAUAAAUAAUAAAAUAAACAAAUUGUAGAUUAUAAGUAGCUGUAAGUAAACUAAAGUUAAAGAGACAAGAGAAAAACAUAAAAAUAAACGAAAAAACUAAGCAUACAAACGCGCAGCAAGAGUAAAGCAGAAAUUAAAUUAAAUAUAUUGAA